AUUUACAUAUAUAGACCUUUCUAAUUUUUGGCAGAGGGAAACACAAACCUCUACUGAUGAAACGCCACCCAAAACUAAUCAAGAAGAAGGAAAACUAGAUGAUGAGGUAAUAUUUACUCUAGAAAUUAUAAUUGAAUGUAUUCAUGAUGGUCUUUCCUGAUAUUUUUUGCAGAUUGUGAUUGAGUCACCUGCUGCUCAGACUCAAGUUUUGCAAAAAGAAACACUGGAAAUGAAUGAGACACCUUCUUCUCCAAUAUCUCCAAAGAGUAUUGAGGCUCAAGUUUUUACUCCAAUUCAGAAACAGCAGACGGUAACAGAGGAAACGUAUGAGGCUACACAGCCAUUGACUGAGAUCAUUUCAGCAAACAAUAAAAAGGAGGAUACACAUGCUGUGCAUCACACACCUUCCUCUCCAUUGUCUUCACUAAUUGCACUAGUUAUUGAAGAAAAUAAGAAUGCUUUGAGUGAGACAGAAACUGCGACCCAAUAUUUUUCUACAAGUGAAGGAGAGCAUACACAAUCAAGCAGAAAGAAUCAAGCAGAAGAAUAUCUCAAGGAUACUACAGAACCUACUACUGAGCUAGUUUCCACAGAUGUUUCGAAGACACAGCCUCUUACUCCGCAAACACAGCACCUUCAGACAAGUGAGGGAGAUCAAUCCGAUGAGACACCAUCAGAGCAGAAUCAAGCAGAAGAAAAUCUCAAGGAUACUACAGAACCUACUACUGAGCUAGUUUCCACAGAUGUUUCGAAGAUGCCGCCUAUUACUCUGCAAACAGAGCAUCUUCAGACAAGUGCUAUAGAUUUUUCAGAAACAAACGAGGUUGAAGUAAGCAGGCUUCUAGCUCACUUUCAAAUAGGCGCAGAGGUUGAGAUUUUGUCUACUGAUGACGAAAUAUGGUAUCCAGGAAAGGUUGUUGAUCUUAAACUGUGUGAAGGACUAGAGGAGCUGACAGUUGAGUACACGACACUCUUCACAGACCAACAUAGACUUCAGAAACUUCAGGAUACUAUCACGGCUGACAAAAUACGUCCUGCAACACCAACUAGUGACCAAAAAUCCUUUGAGAUGAUGGAUAAGGUAGAAGCCUUUUACAACAAUGGCUGGAGCAGCGGACAAAUUAGCAUGGUACUUGGUGAUAACACAUACUCGGUGUGUCUCUAUACUUCUAUGGAAACUAUUCUAUUCAAACAUUCAGAUUUGCGAAUUCAUAGAGAAUGGAAAGAUGGAGUCUGGAAGAUGGCAGAUAAGGUGAAGCCUGAUAAGAAAAGGAAAGCUGCUGCCUCAUCACAAAAUUCAGGAAUGGAUAAUGUUUUCCUAAGAAGGAGCGAGAGGGUGCCUAAACGAUCUAGAGACACAAAAACUCCAUUCAAGUCUGACAGAAAUCCGGCUUUAACUGUAAUACCUGAGAUUAUACCUGCAGUUGAUCCGUUUUCAACUCCUGCGGAACAUAAGCUUUCAAGGCUUCAAAAUUGGAUGACAUUAAAGCCCGGCAUGCAUGAAACGUCCCUAUCAAUCAAUGAUAAUAAGAUAAGGAAAUCUUUCUUUCAAAGCAUGGAAAAUGCAAAAAAGGACCUUAAGAAAGAGCACAUUGAUGGAGCCUUUGCAAUGCUAAAUUGCAGAAGAAAUGAGAAUGCUGCUUGGUUCCACAACUACAAGAUUCCAAAGGCGUGCUUCCUACCUAUGGAGUUCUUGCAUUGCUUGCUCUCUGAUGAUUUGGCUUACAAGAAAGAAAAGGUCAAAGGUAAAAAGAUUUUCAACGAUUUAUUUAAAGAUACUGUGAGAGGGAAGGUAUAUCCAGAGAAGACAUGGGGAGAAGAUGUUGAUGUUGUGUAUGGGAUUACUCUUGGAAAAAAAAGCAAUGUCUGGAUUGGGAUGGAAAUUCAUUUGAAGAAGAAAAGAAUCACAGUAUAUGAUUGUUUUCAAAAGGAAAGCAACAGCAUUGAUAUUCCUCAAGUGAAAAAGUUGGCAGUGUUGAUUUCUAAUCUGCUGGUGGAAUCUUCUGGUGAUGAGGUAGAUAAAGUGAAGAUGAUUCCAUUUGAGAUUGAGCAGGCACAAGGUUUACCCAAGACAAAACAUCCUUUCAACUGUGGGAUAUUUCUUGUCAAGAUUCUGGAGUGCCAGUCAUUGAAGAUAGGAGACAUGACAAAGAUUAAUGAUGACAAUGCAUUGGAGCUAAGGAGAACCUUGUCUUGUGAGAUCUUCAACCAAUUUGUGGAUGAGAGCUUUGGGAAAUGAGAAUGAUGCAUGAAAACAUUUUUUGUUUUAGUUAAGACUCGGUUUUAGUUAUGACUGUUUAUUUUGUUA